AAAUGCUGGCGGGUCGAGUCUAGUUCAGUAUUGCGGAGCCCGUCACUCACUCACUCACUCUGUGCCUCAGCUCCAAACUUGCCUCUCACCGAUACAGGUCCUAGCCCAGAGCCUGAAGUAUGGAGCUACCUUUCGCUGUUCUCUUCUUGUCAGUUCUAGCGGGGCAUGCCCACGCACUGAGGUGUUACAAAUGCGAAGACUCCAAAUGUGACCAAGGGGCAGAGGUGCAAGCCUGUGCAGGAGGAGAAAUGUGUAUGACGAGAACAGGCUGGCAGAAACAUGUUGGGAAAAAGGUAGUGAAGUCCUGCAUCGCUUCCAAGGACUGUACAAAUAUCAGCCUCAACCUCGGCUCCAUUAUCACUACAAUCAAUUGCUGCACCAAGGAUUUGUGUAACGGAGAAACAGUCCAGGAGGAGAAGAAUGAACUGCUCUGUAUGGGUUGCAUGGACAUGCUCAGUGACUUCAAGUGUAACAGAACUGGUCCUGUACAAUGCAAAGAGAGCCAGACCAAGUGCGGAAAUCUUCAAAGCUUCAACUCGCGAGGUGAUCGUAAUAUAAUGGUUAAUUUCCAAGGAUGCGUGUCCAAAUCCAUUUGUUCCCUGAACUCCACAGAGCUUAUCUUUGAGAUCAAUCUUGGAAAUUCCUUUGAGUGCUGUGAUGGUAAUCUCUGCAAUGGAACCUCUAGAACGGUGACAGGAGCUCUGUGUUGGAUCAUCCUGUGUUUAUCUCUCCUUGUCACCAGCAAUUGAUAUGAUUAUUGUGUGGGAGUGGGGUGGCGUGGCCGACUGUACAUAUAAGUAGAUGAAAUUAUUAUUUAUCAGCCUUUUUGACAUUAUUUAUUGGCAAUUCCUGCUGCCUUCAGAUGUUGCAUUAAGGCUAAUUGAAAAGUGAACGAGUGGCCGUGGGAACUUGAGGGUGGUUGAGCCAAGACGUUCUCCUCCGGCAGGUUGACGUGUUCACAUUAGGCCGCAGGCCCAAAGCCUCGACUCCCAUUGCUGUGCCCGGACGUGUAGCCCUCUACAUUGGAAACACAGGGACAGGAGGAGGCCAUUCAGCCCCUCCAGCCUGUUCCUCCUGUCAUAAACGCUUUAAUCACAGAAAAUAAUUCAUCUUCAAGGGCUGAGAACAUUCCGGAAGGAUUUGCGUUUUAAAAGACACUGACUUUUAAAGGUCUCUGACAGCCGCUGUUCCUGGAAAAGACAGCAUCUUAUAAGAAAAGGUAAUUAAGCAGCUUCAAAGAAACU